GCCCCAUCCACCCGUGGUUCGACAUCCAUCUCAUUCCAUUUCACCUCGUCAGUCUCUUGAUCACCUUCCGCAUCCAAGAGCCAUUGGUUGCCUGUGGCAAGGCUGUCUUCUUCACUUCCAUUUCUUUUCUUGCUUUAUCAAUUUUGAUUUCAUCUCCUUCUACGUUUUGAUAGUCUCUCAAUUUUGACCAGCGGCCCUUGCCGCCACCUCCAGCCAAGAUGGCUGCGCUAUCCCAGCUCCCGAGCCUGUCUGUCGACAUAUGGACCACAUUGCCAUCCAUCACUGGAUCUCCGUUGGCCAUCCUUCGACGCCACCGCCUCGCUCGCCGGCAGCCUGUUACAGACGUUCUGACCGAAACGACAACCCCUCGUACAGCACAACAGCAUCAGGCACCCGGAUCUUUAGCAACGGUUUUGCCAGAUUUCCUGUCCUCCGCCCCCGUCGAACGUCUUGGACCGACGUCUUUGAUGACUGUCCCGUCGAAUUUCCCAAUCCUGUCCUUUCGGUCUCUCCAGUCUAGCGGUUUUCGAUCUCAGAGCCCCCUUGUCGCACUCAGGCGAGGCUUCUCAACCAACGCCACUCCAAAGCCGCAAGUUGCCUCGUCCCUACCGCCCAAGACUGAUAACGCAAUGUUGUCUCGUCGAUCGACCAUGACAUCCCUCCUGUUUGGUUCUUCGCGGAGGACUAGCUUCGCUAUAAGUGGGCAACGACGCGGGUUCUCGAAUACUUUCCAGCCGGCCAAUCAUAAUAUGCUUGCUCAUGCAGAACGGACCGCCAACAACAAUCCCACAAGUCCAACAGCCCAAAGCGCUUUCUACUCGGCCUUACUACGAGCCAAUAUGCCCAAAAUUGUGAUUGAACGUUAUCAGACCGGACGCUAUGCCAGCAAUCCUGCUGUCGAUGCAGCUUACCUCAAGGCUCUACAGAUGACAGGCUCCGUCCCUGGUCCUGGAGAGACAUACUCUGGAGCUUCCCAAGAACUGAGCCAGGAAAAGCUCAAAGCCGUGGGACAAGCCGUCGCUGGCCAGAACUUCGGUGGUCAAAUCGUGAGGCCUGGAGCCAAACCAGGUACCGGUGCAAAGGAGGCACCAUUGUAUGUGGUGGUGGAGGAAUCCUGGGGUGCCGUAAUCCUGAAGUGGGCCAAGACCCUCCUCACGUUUGGACUGACCGGCUACUUCCUCCUUGUCGCUCUGACCAUGGCCGUUGAGUUCACCGGCAACUUUCGCACACGAGUCGGUCAGAAUAAUGAAGUACAGCCACAGCACCAGACCGUCCGAUUCAGUGAUGUCCACGGUUGUGACGACGCCAAAGAUGAGCUACAAGAACUGGUCGAAUUCCUCACCAACCCCGAAAAAUUCAACCAACUUGGGGGAAAGCUGCCCAAAGGAGUUCUUCUGGUGGGGCCCCCAGGGACGGGAAAGACCAUGCUCGCACGAGCCGUUGCCGGUGAAGCAGGGGUUCCUGUGUUCUACAUGUCGGGAUCCGAAUUCGACGAGCUCUACGUUGGUGUAGGGGCCAAACGGGUGAGAGAUCUCUUCGCUCAAGCUCGCAACAAAGCACCAGCCAUCAUAUUCAUCGACGAAUUGGAUGCGGUGGGUGGAAAGCGAAACGCACGAGACCCAGCCUACGCCAAGCAGACUUUGAAUCAGUUGCUGACAGAACUCGAUGGCUUCAGCCCGAGCACUGGCGUCAUCCUCAUUGCUGCUACCAACUACCCCGAGUCGCUCGACCAGGCCUUGACCAGACCUGGGCGUUUCGACCGGCACGUCAAUGUCGGGCUCCCGGACGUCCGCGGCCGCGUCGAGAUCCUUAAACACCACAUGAAGAAUGUUCCUAUUGCUGCAGACGUGGAUGCCACCAAUCUUGCAAGAGCCACAAGCGGGAUGUCUGGGGCCGAUCUUGCCAACCUUGUCAAUCAGGCAGCUGUGCACGCCUCUCGGCUCAAGUACAAGAAGGUCAAUGCCCAGAAUUUUGAGUGGGCCAAAGAUAAGAUCAUGAUGGGAUCUGAGCACAAAUCCCGUAUGAUCCGCGAGAAGGACAAGGUUAUGACGGCCUAUCACGAAGCCGGACAUGCGUUGGUCAACCUCUUCACUCCGUCCAGUGACCAAUUAUACAAGAUGACGAUUGUUCCUCGUGGCCAUGCUUUGGGGGUAACACACUUUCUCCCAGAAAUGGACGCCGUGAGUAUGAGCUACGACCAAUUUCUUGCACACAUCGACGUCGCCAUGGGAGGAAGAGCGGCCGAAGAGCUGGUCUACGGCCCUGAAAAGGUGACCAGCGGCAUUCAGUCCGAUGUUUCAAGUGCAACCCGCACAGCAUAUCACCUCGUCACGCAGUGUGGUUAUUCUCCUAAGCUCGGCAAUGUCGACCUCCAUUCGGGCUAUGACCGAUUAUCGAGCGAGACGAAGCAGGAGAUUGAACGCGAAGUGCGAGAUAUCGUUGAGGCGGCUCGCCUUCGAGCUGAAAAGAUUGUCAAGGAGAAGCGAAAGGAGCUUGAGGCACUCAAGGAUGCCUUGAUGGAAUUUGAGACUCUUGACGCCGAACAAAUCCAUAAGAUAUUGCGCGGGGAGAAGUUGAAGCGAUUGGAGGUGGAGCUCAGAGAGAGCGAGGAGAAGGAGAGCACCGAGGGCGGUGGCCGUGGGAAUAAUCCACAGCCGCCUAAGAAGGAAAAGGAGACAGGACCCAAAGGGGGCGUUGGAAUCAAAUUGCCGGAUGUCUUGCUUCCGCCGGGGACUCGGCCGACAACGAGCGGAGAGAGCGCACGAGUUGUCGAGAGAUGACAUUGUGCAUGUUACCCUUCUCCUUAGCAACUGUGAUAUGUUAGCGAGCAAAAGACGAUGUUCGUUGGGAAACAUUACUCUUUGCAUAGUCAUUGCUCCUCUCUACGGGGCCAUUUUGCAUUCCUGUGUUAUGUGAUGUCUCUCAUGGUGAUAAAAAGGAGUGGUUCAUGUUAGGUAACUACUUACCUACCUAGGUAUUGUUAAAAUGUACUUGGUGGUUGGAAGUUGGAAAUGAGAAGC